AUGGUGCUGUCGCCGGCGCGGCGCGGCGGCAGCCUCGGCCGCAAGGCACUCUCGAUGGGACUACGAGGCGACUCGCAGGAUUCCAUAUAUGAACAUGAUGAAGGCUCGCUUGAGUCACUCGAUCCCCUCACCUAUGCGACCAUGCCACGCAAGAAGCUUGAACGGGACGUGAGUGUUGACCGAGUAUCAACUGGCUCAACGCAGAGUGAGAUCAUCUCUGGAGUGAAUCCUGUUAAGAAAAAGAAGGGCUUGAAGUCCCUGCUGAAAGGCCUGGGCAGGUCCAAGAGUAUCGAAGACUCGGAGACUGGGCAUAACAUCGUCGGUGCGGGCGUACAGGUAAUGGCUACGGGUCUGCAAGGAUCAGGCUCGGAUCUCUCUGACAUCAGCGCGAACCUACACGACAAGGAAAAGAAAGGGCUCAAGGAUAAAUUCAGCAAGCUGUUCAAAACCCCACCGCCAUCUAGGUCUCAAAGUAUUGAGCGAGCUGCACGCGACACUAGCGCCGCCCCGCGGGAGGUGCCGACUGCUCCUGCCCGCCGCGCUAAGGCCUCUCCCAGCCCAGAGACGCGGCCGCGUAACCCGCUGAACGUACGGACGGGAGCGGCAGCGGCGCCGACCAUCCAAGCCGGCGAGCAGCCCUUCACCCGCUCACCACUAGGUGUCGCCCAGAGCGUCGCGACGCUGCCCAGGUCGGCGGCGGCCGGCGAGCAGAAGCCACCUAGCGGCGCCGCCGGGCGCGUCGGGGCGCUGGCUGCGUUUAGUCGCGCCCGCGCCAGGUUUGAGUCGUGACCGCCGCCUCCGGUGGAGCCUCCGGGGCGGCGCUGCAUCCUCUGGCUGUUCCCUGCAAGCGGGCAUCAUACAGUGUUCGGCGCCGCGUGACGUGAUCAGAGGGUGUGCUCGCGCCGGCGUGCCUGCGGGUGGCGGGCACCCUUAACGAGACACACACCUCCGCACAUGUUAUACUGGGCAUCUGGCGGUAAAGCAACGCCGGGAUAUUGUUUAACACUUCGCGGCCGCACGCCACCUCCUUAAGUGUCCCAUUGGAAACGUUCUGACUAGAGGAGCACUCCCGGGGAAAACAUCGCUUCUGUUAUACUGUGAAAUCUCGCGAGAGAUUCCGUGAAGGCGCCAGCAUUGUGUGAUGACACCAUGUCGUUUCAUAUUGAGUCGUUCACCGUGUUGGUUUGUAUUUUGCUUACUGUUUGUGUAGCACACUUCAGACUUGGGUUGCCGUCAUCGUGUGUCUCAGCCGCCGACCGACUUGUUCAGGUGACAAGGUCGGGCAUGAGGCCGCGGCUGGUGUCCUGUUGUCUUCACGGGCACGGCCGGCUCAUCUGAGCAGGGCGCGUGUUUACCGCUCAGUUCGCCAGGUAGCUCCGCCGUCGGCCGGCGCCGCUUGAGCGCGGCCUGACGGGUGAGAUGUUGACCUGCUCACUGGAUUAUCCGCUGUUGUCGUGGUUCGUGGAGUACGCAGUGGCCGAGGCCUGGUGUCAUGAGUGGCAGGAUGGCUAUGUCGGGCCCAGUCUGAGGCCGCCGCUGUCGACCGUGCCCACCCGCGUGUAUGUCCGUUCAUGUUGACACACUGCUGAUGUAUACGAUUGGUGUAAAUACAUGCUGACAUGC